CCUUAACACAGAACUUCACAUCAUGAUGAGUUGCGGACGUCCAAGUCGCUUUGAAAUUCGGGAUUCGAACCGUCGACCAAGGAAUGAGAUUUCCGAAAUGGUGGAGACUACAAAUACGAAACGAAUCAAACCGAAGCGGAGAACCCGUGCACCCCGUACAAUUGACAAUUCAUUCAUCGAAGAAGAAAUAUCGCGGAACUCUGUCGCUAACUAUGAGAUAGGUAUGAAUUGUGCUAUAUGCUUAAAUAUCGAACUUGACUGGCCACAUCUCUUGCCGUGUGGGCAUUUUUUUCAUAACGCGUGUGUAUCCAAAUGGUUAAAAUACAGUGAUACUUGCCCUGUAUGUUUUCGAAAAUUUGAAAACCAUAGCAAUCAAGUACCUAACUCUUAUUCUGAUGAUGAUGAUAUACAUAGCACUCCUACGCCUAACAUAAUAGUUACAAAUACACAUAUGCCUUCCACCCAAGUUGAUGAUACUUCAGAAUCGGAUUAUUAUGGGCCUGCAGUUAAAAUUCAUAGU